AUGGCGUCGCCGCAAGCACCCGAAGACCAGAUCACGCCCCGACUUGCAACUAGCGAACAGCGACACGAUUCGCCACAGAGUAGCUCAGAGGGCCUGCAGCGCAGCAAGGGAAAGGAGAAGAAGAAGGUGGGGUUUGCGAGUGACAGAGGAUCCCAUCUGGGGACGUUAACCAGCUCGUCGUUUCUCACCCCGGACGAAGCACAAAGUGCCACCCAGGACUAUUUCUCCUACAAUCCCUCACCACACAGCGACGGCUCCACUCCCCUAAUCAACAACGAUGGACCAACGAAACGAGAUUCUUUUGACAAGGAAGAGCUUACUGCUGCGCUUGCACAAAUCCUGGAGACCAAUCCGCAGCAGGCUGGUCCAGUUCACCCCAGCAAGCCACGGCCGGUGCUCAGGAAGCCAACUGUUCUCCUCAGUCCCGCCGACGUGCUUGGAGAACCUCUCCCAUCCGAGAUCGAGGCCAAAAACCGCGCUGAUAGGCUAGCUUACUCUGUAGGAACCUCAUCCGUUCCUGUAUCAAGAAGAACCUCCUUUGAUUCUGAGAGCGUAUCAGUCUUGGAGCGGGAUUCUUUUCUUCGCGACCCUACAGCUAGCGUAGCCCAAGACCUUGCCUUACCUGCAGGUUCCAAUACUCUCAGACCGCGCAGGAAGGCGUACGCGGAGGCCGAGAACCUUGUGGAGAGCCAUGCUCACCGAAACGACCCCCACCUGCACUCCUUCACACCGCCUCGGUCUGGCGCGGCUACCCCUGUUGACCAUGAUUUGGAAUAUGUCCCACGGCCAGAGAAGUACAAGGGAGGGAUUCUGGGAACAUUGCUCAAGCUCUAUGGCUCAGGCAGCGAGGGUAGCAGCACGGCAUACCUUACCUCUAGCGCCCCGAGCACUCCGGGACGGACGCCCAACGGAUCGCCCUUGAGCACCCCGACACCCUCAAGGCCAGGAACCCCGAAGCCGGAAAAGGGCCGGCGGGGUUGGAGAACGCAGUCUUCCAGCACCCUUUCGGGCCUCCUGGAGUCUUCUUUCGUGUUUGCUGCCCCCGGGUCCUCCAAGGACAUCUCCGAGGCUGUUUUGGAGAAGGUCAAGCUUGAAAAGGAGCGAUCUGAACGAUCAAAGAAAGCGGAAAAGGCUAAGAAGAAACUGGACAAGUACCGCAUCAAGAUCCACAUUGCCGAGAUCAUUAAACGACACGCCUACCUACUCAAACUGUGUCAUGCUCUGAUGAUAUACGGAGCACCAACCCACCGGCUUGAGGCCUACAUGAGGAUGUCGGCGCGUGUCCUCGGUAUUGAGGGCCAGUUCAUGUAUCUCCCAGACACAAUGAUCAUCUCAUUUGACGACAGCAAUACGCACACCACCGAGGUGAGAAUUGUUCGCGCCACCCAAGGCCUCGAUUUUGGCCGUCUACGCGAUGUCCACGAAAUUUACAAGGAGGUGGUUCACGACCGCAUCGGCGUCGAGGAGGCUACAAUGCGUCUUAACGAAGUUACAUCACGCAAGCCUAAGUUCCCUGUAUGGUUGCGCGUUAUCUUGUACGGCAUCGCCUCGGCAGCGGUUGCUCCUUUUGGUUUCGAGGGCCGCUACAUUGACAUGCCCAUAUGCUUCAUCCUGGGCUGUCUGGUAGGCUUCCUGCAGCUUUAUCUGGCUCCGUCCAACGAGCUCUAUGCAAACGUCUUUGAGAUUACCGCCGCGGUCGCGACCUCUUUCCUGGCUCGGGUGUUUGGCUCAAUCCGUGGCGGGAGGCUCUUUUGCUUCUCGGCUCUCGCCCAGGCGUCCAUUGCCUUGAUCCUGCCAGGUUACAUGGUCCUCUGCGCGAGCCUAGAACUUCAGAGCCACCAGAUGGUAUCAGGCUCGGUCCGCAUGGUCUACGCGCUCAUCUACACCCUCUUCCUUGGUUAUGGCAUUACCAUUGGGACAAUUCUUUACGGGUACAUGGACGAAAACGCUGUCAGUUCCAUCCAUUGCUCGGUCGGCGAUAGCUGGUACACGAAGAGGCCGCCUGAGAACUACUACAUUUUCUUCGUUCUCGCUUUCACGCUUUGCCUUUGUGCGAUCAACCAGGCAAAGUGGAAGCAAACUCCCGUGCAAGUAUUCGUUUCUCUUGCCGGUUUCGUCGUCAACAACUUUUCGUCGCGCUUCUUCAAGGGCAACUCGACCAUCUCCAGUUCCCUCGGCGCCCUCACCAUCGGUGUCCUCGCCAAUCUCUAUUCUCGUUUGGGCCGCUACACCCAGAAUUGGUGUCUCGACAUCUGGGAACGCCACGUUGAGCGCCGACUAUGGCGUCUUACGGGCAAGCCUCGCCCUGUCCGGUACCACGAGUCGCCGUAUUACAGCAAUACUUCGGGCGCCGACUCACAGGCAACCGUCACUGGGCCCGGAGGCGGAGGGCCCGAGGCCAGCAAAGAAGGGGACCUCGAAAUGGGACCAUCGUCCUCCAAUGGCGUCGUACGCCAUGCGCGCAAGAUUGGAUAUGGCCUUGCGGCGGCGGCGAUGCUGCCCGCCAUUUUCGUCCAGGUCCCCUCGGGUUUGGCCGCGAGCGGGUCGCUGCUGAGCGGAGUGAGCAAUGCGGACCAGAUCACGCGGAACGCGACCACCUUGGCGAAUGGAACGGUCAUCUACCUAAACGCGACCCAUCCAGCCGCCACGUCGACGAGCAUGUCGGGGGACCUGAAUGCCACGGCGUUCAAUGUUCUGUUGAGUGUGAUCCAGGUGGCCAUUAACAUCUCGGUGGGGCUGAGUUUGAGUGCUUUGUUGGUGUAUCCUUUUGGAAAGAGGAGGAGUGGGUUGUUUAGCUUUUAG